UUUUUUUUUUUUUUUUUACAAUUUGGCACUAAGUUAUUUCAGCGGAAGGAUACGUUCCACGUUGUGGUCUGCUCUCUUUUGUUGAUGCUAGAGAAAUUGCGGCUAAAUCUGUGAGGGUGUGCGCGAUUGGUUACUCCAGACCUGCAAUAGUAUAUUCCAUGUAAGGAGGUCUAUGAUUGGUUACGUUAGAUCUGCAAUGCGUCAAGCAAUGGCGCUCAAUUUAGCUUUGGUGGUGGAUGUAAGAAUACAUCAUUGGUAACCAUAGUUGGUUAUGUUGUGCACCUUUCUGGUUGAUAACAUAUUAGUGUUUACCGUUAAUUGCGAUUGUAUGUUGUUAGGUUUUUCCGUAUGCUUUCAUACAGAGACAAGCCACAUGGUUAUUAUUGAGGAUGUGUGGUGUAAAGUGAUUGGUCACUGGAAAUAUCACGGAACUAUUUGCAAGGCGUCGCGGAAUUUAAAACGAAGAGAAGAGAGACCGGUUCAUGGAAAAAAAUAUAUAUGCUCGUAUUUGUGGGACCAAUCAAACGUUUUGGUGAAUUAAUUAUGGUCUCAUGUUUACAUCUACUAAAGGCAACAACGUUGCGGUUAUUGUAGGGUACAUUUUUUCUUUUUUUAUGUGCGAUGUGAAAAAUCAUGAAUUCCCGUUACAGCGAGACAGCACAUAUUACAGAAUUUCACAGUUGUAGCCUACAACAUAUUAGUAGACGCAAAGAAUCAAGAACAAAUUCAGCCUACAAUCAGGACACCUUAAAGUCCGGCAACUAAUUAACGUACAUACAAAAAUCAAUAAUAAAACGAAGAAAACUCUAGUAACAUGAUUCCUGGUAUUUAUUUCUUAAUGUUGACAGAAAUUAAUGAGAGUAGUAAACUACACUGGAGGAUGAUGUGACUGUCAGAUCAAAACUAGCACGUGUUUGGAUUGCGACGUGUGACGCAAUAUUACUGCGACUGUUUUGAAAUUGUGUGCGGAGACGACAUGGCCCUGUUUCCAGCGUUUCAUGGAAUAUCAACUGAAAAAGAAGACAACUCUCCUAAAGAGCCGGAAUGGCUGAGCAAUCAGAGUUUCCGCACCGGUGAUGCCCUCUCCCUCCAUCACAUUGCCCUGGAGAAGGCCAAGGAGGCUGUAGAAGGGGCGUCGAGGGAGCCCAGUGAUAAGAGCGUUGGCAGUAUCUCCGAGGCAGAAAAUGAAGAUGAGAAUGACAGCGGAAGACAAAAGAAACGGAAGAAAAAAGACAAGAAGAAGAAACACAAGAAGCACAAAAGGAAGGGAGGAGACGGUGAUGACUCCGCCACGGUCUACCCGAGCGAUCUGCGGAGGAAGAAGAAGGAGGCGCAGAGACAGGAGGCUCCAGUGGAGGUGGAGCGGCAGGGCCGGUUCAGAUGGCUGGAUGACCUGCGGUCGGCCGCGGACGGCUUCUUCUGCGUGGACAGGAAAGCGGACUCGGCCAACUGGCAGUACAAGUCUCUCUACCGAGGGGACGUUGCAAGGUACAGGCGGAAGGGCAGCUCGUCGCUGGGGUUGAACCCGCGCUCGCAGGCGGUGAGCUGGGACGAGCCGGGCCAGGCGAAGAAGCGGGCCGACCGCCGACCGCAGCGCUACUACUCCUCCCAAGCCCGCCAGCUGCUUCGCUCCGACGCCCUGCCCUCCCACCCGCCUCCACCAGGGGGCAGCACCCUGGACCCAGGCACUUGUUUUAUCCCCCUGCCCUCGCAACAGGAGCACGAGGCUAAUGCUAAAGGGCAGGCCUCCUUGGUCAACCCGCUGGGCGUGUACGAUGCAGGCACGGCACUCUGGCUGGAGGGCAAAGGUCGCGCUGCGGCACAAGAGAAGGGGGGAGAAGAGGAGGGGAAGGAGGAGGAUGUGGCAGCAGUGAGGAUAAUGGCGAGGAUGGAAGAGUUCAACAGGAGGGUGAGGGAGAAUCCAAAGGACACGCAGGGAUGGCUGGAGUUCAUUCACUUCCAGGAUGAGCUGGCGUCGUCAGGGGCGGCGUUCGGCGGCGGCGGCGGGGAGACCGAUGCGGAGCACCGGCGCAUGUCGACCCGCGCCGUGCUGGAGAAGAAGCUGGCCGUGGCGGAGCGGGCGGUGGAGAACAACCCGGGCUGCGUGGCGCUGCAGCUGGCGCGGCUGGCCGUGUGCCGGGACCUCUGGGAGCCCGCCGCCCUGCUCAAGGAGUGGAAGAAGCUGGUCUUCCUGCACCCCAACAGCGCCCCCCUGUGGCGGCGCUACCUGCUCUUCUGCCAGGGCCACUUCGCCUCGUUCUCAGUGGGCAAGGCGGGCGCGGCGUACGGGAAGUGUCUGAGCACGCUGGCGGCAUGUGCCGACGGGAGCAUGCUGUCUCACCCGGCGCUCCCCGGGGCUGAGGAAGACCUGUUGGACCUCUUCCUGCAGCAGUGCCACUUCCUGCGCCAGGCGGGCCACUCGGAGAAGGCCGUGUGUCUGUUCCAGGGCCUGAUUGACUUCACCUUCUUCAAGCCUGACAGCGUCAAAAAGCUGACCACCAGACAACAGGUGGACUUCUUUGAGCCCUUCUGGGACAGCGGGGAGCCGCGGGUGGGGGAGAGGUUGGCCCGGGGCUGGAAGGCCUGGAUGCUGCAGCAGGAGAGGGGGGGGUGGCUGGUCCCCAGUGAGCCAGAUGACGAUGAUGAUGAUGAGGGUGAUGAUGAGGAAGUGAAGAAUAAGACCCUGCCCAAGUGGAGGAUCUGGCUGGACGUGGAGACGUCACGUGAGGCGAACCACUGGUUGCCGUGGAGACCUGACAAAAGCAAAGGUCAAUCGGAGGAAGACUGCGACGAUCCUGAGAGACAGGUUCUCUUUGAUGACAUUGGCCCCUCCAUGAUCCGCGUGACCCGGCCUGACCUCCAGCUGCAUCUGCUCUGCAGCUUCCUCCAGUUCCUGGGGCUCCCCGUCCUCACCCCCGCCUCCACCCACCUCAGGAGCCUGCUCCUGGACGACCUCUCCCUCCUGCAGGACCAGCGGGACCCCGAGCGACCCCUGACCUCCUUCCACCUCCCUUCUCCAGGGAUCAGUGCCGUGGGUCACACCACCGUCCUGGGCGUCCCCUGCAAACAGGCGGGGCUGUGUAAGGACGGCGAGGAGUUUGUCCAGAAUGUUCUUCUGCAGAUCUCGCCGCAGCUUCCUGCCGAGGACAGGGCUGUGCUCUCUCUGAGCUGGCUGCAGUACGAGAAGCUGAAGGUGCUGAGGUCGGUGCGAAGCCGAAACAAGAAGCGCCUGCGCACCCAGGGCAAGCGCAGCAAGCGUCUGGCCAAACGGCUGCUGAAGGAGCCGGAAAACCGCGGCCGCCUGGACCUGUGGCGGGAGUACGCCCACCUGGAGUGGCUGCUGGGAAACCUUGAGGAGGCCCGCAAGGUGUUCGACACGGCGCUGGGGCUGGGCGUGGCCCGCGGGCUCAAAGACCCCGCCCUCUGCCAACUGUGUCUCCUCUACGCACAGUUAGAGAUGGAGGAGGCGUGGCAGGCAGGGGAAGGAAGAAGCCUGGCGGGAACUAGCCCCGCAACUUCCCCUGCGGUGCAUAUUUUGACGAAACUAGCUGAGGAGGCGACCUACACCCCUUUUUCAGGCCAGGUGGCUCCGGUAGCUAUCCUUAAAGCCAGGAAGUCCUACGAGCAGGCUGUAGAAGCUUGCUUAGCUGGGCUCGAGACCGGGCGCUUUAAGAAGGCCCAGCAUGUCGCGGGACUUGUAGGCUGCUACUCUCUCUUCCAGUAUCUGACUGUGGGUGUGGACGCUGCCAACGUUAUAUACAGACAGGCCAGGGAGAGGCUGGAUCAGCAGGCUAGCAUGACUCUGCAGAACAGUGGUGUAGAUAGCAGUAGCGCUAAUGCUAAUAGCAGCAGUGCUAACGCUAUUAGCAUUAGCAUUACUGCAGAUUGUGAGGCCUUAGCUGUUCAGCAAGCGGCGCUGUUGCGCCACCACACCAACACCUCCGUGUUCCCUCUGGGCCACCUCAGGGGAGCCCUCACCUCAGCCCUCACUCACUUCUCCAUGAGCGCCCCCCUGUGGCACCUCUACCUGCAGGCAGAGGCACGGUACCACAGCGCGGGGCGGGCACGCAGGUUUUUCCACAGUGUCAUGAAGGGUGGCCAGAGCGUGGUGCCACACCUGUUUGCCAUAUGGGCGGAGCAGGGGAGGAAAGAGCUCCUGGACUCUGUUCAGAGGUCUGGUGGUUUGGCAGACAUCCUCCCCACCUUACCGGAAAACGGACUGAGUAACCGCAUCCGGUCCCUGUUUGAGGCUGCCACCGCGAAAGAGGAGGGGGCCCAGUGUCCCCUGCUCUGGAGGAUGUACCUGAAGUUCACGGCUUCAGAAGGUAACAUGGAGAGGGCCAAAGGGAUCUUCUACAAAGCUCUUCAGAACGUCCCCUGGGCUAAGGGGUUGUACAUGGAUGCCGUGCUGCUGUUCCCAGAUGCUGUGAGUGAAUUCCUGGACCUUAUGACGGAGAAGGAGCUACGCCUCCGAGCGCCCAUGGAGGAAGUGGAGAUCCUCAUGGAGGACUAACCCUUCCCACAGUGCAACA